CCAGAGCAAUCGCGAGCAGAGAUGGACAGGAAAGGAAACCGAGAGAUGAGCCCCUGGUAGCGCGAGAAGCAUCUUCUAAAAUAGAAACUGAAGCCGCUACUUCUGCCCCAGAAACGGAAAACUACAGUUUUGCACGGUGCUAUGUUGAUUUCGCGUUUUAUAUCGCAGAAAAUUGAGGGAUGGUUGUGAGUGAGGAGGGCGGAUCUUUGCAGAGAAUGCUUGCAAAAGCCGAGGCGUGCGCUGUCCCAAGAGAACUCAUUUGAAGAGCUUGCAGAGAGAGAGAGAGAGAGAGCGAGAGAGAGAGAGAGAGAGAGACCGGAAUGCCGGGCAACAUCGCUCCUCCGGUUCACCUGCGAGGCUGAGUUUUCCUGAGCACCCUUUGUCUGUGAGUGUGUGUCUGAGUGUGUGUGUGUCUUAGUGUGUGUGUUAUGGCCUCUGGGACGGACGACCCAUACCGUAAGAUGCUAUUGCUAGGGGCCAUCGCCGCGGCGUCAGCCUUCGUGGUCACAAUCUUCAUCGUGGUGGUCUGUGUGGGCUGCCAGAGGAAAAACAAGAUCAAACAUCCUGCGUCCAAUGGAGAGAAGGGCACCUCAGUAGAGAUGGGUGCUCUCCGUCAGCCCAAGAACAGUUCCAUGAGUAAAUCUGACACCAGGCUGCAUGAGAUCAACCGCCUGCCCUGCAACGGCAACAGUGGGGGUAAGAACCGUCCAGCCAGUAUGGACCUGCUCCUCCUCCACAGCCGUCGCUCCACGUCUGACCUCCGCCCACCCCUGGUCCGCCAGCUGCCCCAGAUCCCCAACAGACCAGUGGGGGAGGGAGACCCCGAGGGGGGAGGAGGAGACGGGGUCAGAGACCACACCUACACUGAGGUGGGAAUCCGGAACUCACCUGUCCGUUGCCUUGAUGAUGGGCUGUAUGAGGUUGUAGGGGUUCGAGAGGCAGACAUGGUGCCCCCCGCUCCCCCUCCCACGUCGGCCAACACCCCGGCAACACUAAGGGCCUCAACGAGCCCCAAUGGGACCCGCACCAACGUGGUCCGAAACGGGAAUGGGAAUGGAAAUGGGAAUGGGAAGGGCAGAGGGAACGGCAGAGGGAACGGCAGAGGGGCUGUUAAUGGCUGUAGCACUCUUGGUAGAGGAGGAGGGAAGGGGCCCAAUGGUGCUAACGGUGUUAACGGAUCUAGCGGCUCGCUCUUGUCCUCCCUUCCCUCCCUGGCCAUUCAGGACCCAGUAACGGCAGAGUACGCCUCCAUCCGGAAGGUCAAGAAGGUGAACAAGGCAACGAAGAACGAGAUAGGGAACACAGAGUCAGAUGACCAAUCAAGUGUCCAAUCAAGUGUGGGAGAGUCACCCUCUGCCCCGCCCCCUCUGCUGCCCCGCAGCCAGGAGUUUCCACGGAAACAGCUGGAGCCGUUCCACCUGCACGUCUUCCCGAAGGAGACGGUGUUCAUGGGGAACGGGGAACAGUACAUCUGGAAGCCCCCGGAGGAUGAUGACAUCAUCACCCUGCACCGAGCGCCUGCAUCCCCGGGGGAGAACGGACAGGGAUACACACCUACAGCCAUGGAGAUCACAGACACCUACUCCACCGUGUGUAAACCACAGAAGAAGAAACCUUCCCCAGACCACAGCGCAGCCAAGACCCUCCCCCGCAACCACUGCUCUGGGGGGAAGAAUGGAGGAGGUAGGGGAGCAGGAGGGAAUGAGGGAGGGAACGGGGCGUGGGGUGGCAGUCGGGGGAUCCAGGGUGGCCAGGCACGAUCCCAUGAGGAGCCCUGCUACGAGCCCGUCGGCGACAGGUCCUGGCCCUCCUGUGUGGUGGCCGAGUCGGACCCGGCGUAUGCCACUAUCGACUCCCACCGGAAACGUGAGUGGGCAGGAACCAAUAACGGUGUGCUGGGGGCGAAUGCUACACUAAAGCCCAGGAAGAAGCCUCCUCAGCAGGGAACCUCGUCUCCAGAGGCCCCAUGCCCCCAGGGACCUCCAGCAUGCCCCCCAGUCCCUCCAUCUAGGGCCUUGCCUGGGGGGGAGAACUUCUAUGAGACCAUCAGCGAUGUGAAACAGGGGGCCAACAGUGCCAGCACCACCACCAUCUUCACCUUCAACGACGGGAUGGAGAUGUAUGUCACUGGCCUGUAGCUGAGAGACACUGGCUCACACACACACACACACACACACACACAAGGGGAAUUUUACCAAUAUAUUAGUCUCUAUUUACUCUCAGAUUUGAAAAUGCUAAUUAGCAUCAAAGUAGACAUCAUGCAAAACUACAAAUCCCUGCAGUCCCCUGCACCAAGCCAAAUUUUUGUCAUCUCUAGCUGACACUUUUGCUAACAGGUAUUGCGUCAAUUUAAAAAUUGCACCAGACAGUUCACAGAAUUGUCUAUUUAAAGAAAUUAGCCAAUGAAUUCCUUACUACAUUUAGCUAACAUUAGAUAGUAAAUCCAGAGAUUCUUACAUUUGCCUCAAUUGGGCAGUCUCGUCCAGAUCAUCAUGGCAUUUGUAGUUCUUUAUGAUAGCCACAUUAGCAACUAAUUAGAAUUUCAUUUUUGGGGGAGAAAUACAGUUGAAUAUAUUGAUAGAAUUCACCUUGUCUAUAGAGAUUUACAGACUUAUCAAAACUUCACGCCAGGGUAAGCUUACACGAAACACAGCCCUUAUUUGAAGUGUUUCUAAGAACUCCUAUGGGGAAAAUGUAUGGUAGAAAAACGAUUGGAACCAUUCCCCUGUUUGACCUCUAGGUUUUAUGGGUAUUAUGACUCGUUCUGUGAUACUCCAUAGCAGGGUUUCCCAGACUCGUUUCUGGGGUCCCCCUGGGUGCACGUUUUGGUUUUUGCCAUUUCAAUACACAGCAGAUUCAAAUAACCAACUCAUCAUCAAGCUUUGGUUAUUUGAAUCCGCUGUGUAGUGCUACGGCAAAACCCCAAAAUCGCACCAUGGGGGGUCCCAGGACCGACUUUGGGUAAACACGCUCUAUAGCAACGAGACCUACUGGUCAAAUCAAGCAGCAAAUGUUAUGCAUUCUACCACCCGGUUUAAACAGUAUCUCAACCCAAGGUCAGACACCAGACCCAACCAGUGGUGGGAAUGGUUCUGACUGGGGAAGCCCAUAUAGGGGUUCCAGGCUAGUUGAACCUUGGAUAGGAGCCCAGGUUCACGGGUUACAGCUCAAGUCGUUUAUCAGACACUCUUGUACACAGUAGAGCGACUUACAGCAGUGAGUGCAUACAUUUUCUUACUGGUCCCCCAUGUGAAUUAAACCCACAACCAUGGCAUUGCAAACACCAUGCUCUUCCAACUGAGCCACACAGGACAACCUGAGGGGUUCCCCCUCAUUUACACCACUGGACUCAACAGAACCCUAUCUACUCUAUGUCUCUGAGCUUUACCGCAGAGCCAGUCUGGCUAACCCAGUCUGGACUGCACCCUCUCAGCCACACUCAAACAGGUCCCAACCAGACCAGACUGAGCAUCAUGUUAUGAACUGGAUGACAGUGUCACUGUUCACCUUACCUUACCAUUUGUGUGACAUUUUACAUAAAGAUUUAUUUUUGUAUAAAUAUGGUACCGUUAAUGAAGCAUAGCUUGUGUACGGAGCGACACACAAUAACAGAUACACGUGCACACACACACACACACACACACACACACACUGUACGCAAACAUUGUUGUGUAUGAAAACACACAUUCUCACAAAGAUGACAGAGAGAAGAAGUGUGUAGACUCCAGGAUGGCUUCACUUCUAAGUUCCAACCCCCUGACGACAUUACCGAUGACGUCACUGGUGGUAAAAAGGGUUUGACUAUAUUACUGAUUUUAACAAGUUUAAAUCCAAGCCUCAGAGACUCAUGGAAGGAUUAAACACAAACACAUACAGACGCACACACAAGCACACACACAGACACACACACAUACCUUGUGCUGGGAAUUAUGUAAUAGAAGCAGAUGGGAGUCUGGGAGAUUGGCUGUGAUUAGCUCUCCUUAAGCAAACAUAUCAAACAGGUCCUCUCUCUGUUGCCGGGCAGGGCAGAUAUGGUUUGACUUUGAGCAAAAAAUCUGUCAUGUAGCCUAGGUCUAUACAGUACGUGUACGUUAACAUGCUCUGACCUGGAGGAGGCGAUCUUGGCUCCAACUCAACACUCUCCUGUACACUCUUUACUCCUUGGUAUUCAAGGUAGAAGUUGCCCCUAAGCACAGAUACACACACUGAAGAUGUCUUGUAACUGGAAGGGUCUUUGGAUGAAAGUGUCAUAGAGCAAUCACUCACUAUACAUCUGAAGUACAUGUAUCAGAGUUAUAUGCUGGGAGAUCUUGACCAACUUUCUGACUCUGAUGUUCAUCUUGUAGAGUUGUAUUGAGCUCAGCUGGUUGAUAGGGCAGGGUAAAAUGGCCUCCUUCUUGUUGUCAGCGGUGACACUGUUCAAGCGAAGCAGUAGUCUGCCUCAGGUUGCCUCACACUGUUAAUUCCAUCCAGAACCACUGAGCUUUAACCACAGUGACUGACCACAGAGCAACAACUGACACACUUAUAGGGACAGUUUGCCCCCACACCUAAGUCUUCCCUUUUCACAUCUCAAGUGGUCUAAUGUCGAGUGGAAUCCAAAUAACACACGUUCUGUGGUGUAGAGCCUUAUUCUCAAAUGAGUGGGGGUGAUUGGCACCAUCUAAGUAGAAUUUUGGGGUGAGCUGUCAUAAAGAGUACUGAUUUGGCUAUACUUUAGUCAGAUUUAAUUUAUUGUAAGUUGUUAUUCACGUUCUUUGUUUACAAAACUCCUGGAGCUUAAAAUAAUGUUAUUUGCAUGGCAAAAACACACACACACACACACACAAACAUACACCAUCUUGGCAGAGAUACACAGGGCAAAGCCAACGGGCCAGGGACACGGUGUGGGCUGGGUAGAUCUUUCUCUGAAGGAGAAAGGCAACCAAUUUCACAAUCUCUGCCCAGGACCUAUGGGGCAUUGCUAACAUUUUAUUUUAUGGACAAGGUAAUGGAGUCUUGGAGAGUUGUAGGGCUAUUGGCGGUUUCGUGCAGUUACUGCAGUGAAGGGCGUUUGUGUAGCAGGGCCCUGAUUUGCUUCACAGGCUGAAGUCAAUGCCAGGACUCUUCUGCUGCACUCUGGGCCGCAGUCUGUCUGUCGGUUGGAACAAAAUGACCAGUGAGCAUCUUUUGGAAGCCCCCCCCCCCCCCCAGCCUGUGCUGAAAGUUCUGUUCUCUUGUAAACAAGAUCUUUCCCAUGUAGCUCUUGCGGGAAAUGUGAUGUAUGAACUUAAGAUGAAAAACAGUGACAUUAGGGUUUAAUAAAGGGGUGUUUUCGAGUCAAAAGGUAAAGAGGGACACGAACUGCUCAGGGACAGAGAGAUAUAUGAGUGAUGAAUAACAGCAGUAUGUGUUAGGCCAUCUAACGUUAGGAGAGCGUGUGGGAAAUGUAGUUCUAUAAGAUGUAUAGGUGUGUAUAGGUUUACUAUGAAAUACAUCUUAUGAAAUGCAUUCUGUAUUUUCUAAAUGCACUGUUUAUGUAAAAAGAAAAUGUUUACCUAUUGUGUUUAAAUAGCUUAUGCCACUGCCAUGGAGACGCUACUUGUACUGUGUUUAAUGCUGUUGGUGCAAUUUUCCUGCUUGAAACAUAAUGCAUGUUUUUGACCAAAUGAAAAUGAAAAAAGAAAAUAUUGUAGUACUUUAUUUAUUUCCUAAUGUUUGUUUUUUGUUUUCCUGUUUUGUCAUGGGAGAAAAAAAUAACAUUCCAUUUGUGGAUUAGCUCUGGCUGAGAGAGAGAGAGAGAGAGAGAGAGAGAGAGAGAGAGAGAGAGAGAGAGAGAGAGAGAGAGAGAGAGAGAGAGAGAGAGAGAGAGAGAGAGAGAGAGAGAUAGAGAUAUAGAGAUAUAGAGAUAGAGAGAGAGACACACACACACACACCUUCCUCUCUCCAUGUUCCAAAUUAUGAAACUGGCAGGAGGUUUUCAGUAGGAGGGAGGAAGCACACUCUGGUUCUACUCCCUGUAUUAUCCUCCCUCUCUUCUCUCUUUUUCCUCUCUUAUCUCCUCUCUCUUUUCCACUCUCCUCUCUGUGCUGGUGGAGAAGGGCCUUUGAUGUUGCUUCUUCUGAGGGACCAAGGGAGAGAUAUGGGGGUGGAGGGGAAGAGGGACUGCCUGGGGUUCAUGCCGACCCUGCAUGCUUUCAACAUCAAUAGUGCAGUUUUAUUGGUGUGUGUGAUAUGACCAAUGACUAACAGCUGAGAUGAUUUAAGCAGCUUUGGGAAUAUAUCUUUUGUCAUCCAGCACUGCCACUGCUAGUCUCCUGAGGAAAUUCACAAACUUUUCAUUCAACCCGUUUAGCACAGACUAAACUGACAAAGACAUGGACGGAGCAGGACCAAAUAAAAGCUAAACAGUACUUUAAAAUAUAGUUUGAAAAUGCAUAUUAUGGCAAAUAAUGUAUUGUGCAUCAAUUUAUUUCAUUUUGCCUCUCAGUUUAGCACAAACAUAUCUGACAAAGACACGCUCAAAGACUCUACAUUUUGAGGCAAAUGGUAUCAUGUGAAAUAUUGUUGUUUUGAUGUUAUACAGAACUAUUUCACUUGUUAUUGGUUGUAUGCUGAAAGACUUGAUGUUAGUGGAUAUAUUGAUGGCUAUCACAAAUGUUGUGAUUUUACGUUGGAGCAAAAAUAAACUAGCCUACUUUUCAAGAAUCGCUGAUGUUCAAUUCUCAAUGGCUGACGCUCUCUUUCAACCUAUCUUGUGAAUUGAAAUAAUGAGUAAUAAAGUUGAUUUUGGUUGGUUUCUGUGUAGCAGGUAGAACGUCACAUUGAUGGCACAUUGAUGACGACGCAUGCAGUGGAGCAGAAGUGUUAUCCCCUAAAUUAUUUCUAAUAUUUUCCAAUAAUUGGUUUACGGGACUGUGAACGCCCAACGGUUGGGAGUGGCAGCGCUGUGGCCUAUGUUGUAUUUUGGUUUGAAGUUGACACAGGGUUUUAACGUGGAAAACAAUAUAAUAGAACAUAAUGUGAAAAUGUGCAAACGAUUGUAAAUGUUUUAUAAUCAUUCAUAAAAUAUCAAAGUCUCAAGUUUUUACUUUUGUAAUAAAGUAGCACCUUAAAACGUG